GAUCAAUUAAACUAAAGCUUUCCAACUCUAAUAUGAGUAUGUAUCAUGUAAAACUCAAAAAUACCAAUAAGUCUUAUAAGACAGAACUGAGUGGCCUUAAGCUCACUCUAAACAUUGCUAACAUAAAAAGAAAACCUGUUCUAAAUAUGAAAUCUGGAACUAAAAGGAAUCAGAUUUGUUUGAAAAAGAAACCUCUAGCGUUCAUGAAGAAAACAAAAGCCAGAAUGCUGUCACCAAAUCCUCCAAGGAUGAACUUUGAGUUCCCGCAAAUCAACAACACAGAGAAGCCCAAGAGAAAAUGUCGGAGGAAAUGGAGGUCUCCAGUCAGCUCAACUGAGAAAUCUCAGUUAGCCAAAAUGAAGACCCCCUCUCAGAAGAAACCUCUUUACUCAAAGUGCAGGACUAGGGUGAUGAGCCAAACGAUUGGGGAGCCUUGAGAGCCCCAGAAUGGUCAGCUGAAAAGGACCAGGACUAGAACUUUUAGCCAGGAGGUUAUCCAAGAGAACUCUACUAUUAUGGGACAAGCUGAAGAGAACGAAUCCAUAAAGUUCACAUAUGAAUGCAAGAUUAGGAACAAACUUAAUAUUGCCAGGAGGUGUAGAGCGUUCUUGUCACCAGUGGUGCUAAGGACUAAGAUUGGCGAGAUGUGCUCCUUGCCGAAGUUCACUAGUCCUCGUCAUUACGUUGCUGAACAAGCACUAAAGAAGCGUUGAGAUUUGGAAGAUACAGACUGAAUUACUCUAGACACCAGGACAACUUUUCAGAACGAUGAUUUCAAUAGCAGAGUUAAUCAUAAUCUCUCUAAUUUUAGCUUGGAUAAGCACUCUAUCGCUCCUAAAAUGAAGAGAAGCCAUAUCAAGAGUUGAGAUAUGGCCCUUGAAUAAAAUUUAAGACGAUUUUUCAUAAAUUUUUA